UGCGCGUGAAGAGGCUGGAGGGCGAGUGGCUCCUUCGGAUGCUUCUGCCUCGGCUGCUCAAAUUUCCUGCCGUUCCUAACGGAGUUUCAGGGCUUGCUUCCUUCCUUGCCACUACUGGCAGCGCCCGCUUGCUUUGAGGUCGCGCGCGCGAGAGGCUCAGGUGGUCCUUCCCAGAUUCAGAUGACCGCAAGAAUUUUGCAGCCCAUUGAGCUGCCUGCCCAUUGCUGAUCGCACUGUCUGUUGGGGGUUUGAAGAUGAAUGAUUGUCAACAGCAAGCAUGACCUCGCUGGCCAAUUUCAUUACUUCCCAGCAGUCCGAGUGGGUGUCGUUUGAUGAUGGGCUGCAUUUAUCUACCAUCUCCCAAGACCACCCUGGGGAACCACUUGAGAGAUUUCUUUCCUCCUCUGAAACCUCCUCUGAAGGCCUGCAGAACCUGGAUGCAGAAUUUCAGACAUCUGAGCAAGCCGGUGUGGGAGAUGCUAUGGACAAAGCAGCUACAGAACCUGCACCUGUGACUUUGCUUGAAAACCAUCUGUCUCCAAAGUCUGAUUUAUCUUCACCCUUCAGCACAUGGGUCCAGUUUGAAGAUACCCCGUGGACCAGCACUUCACCUGAGCACACACUGGCAGCCUCUUCUCCAAGAAAAUUUUGUUGGACCUGUCCCUCCUUUGGAUCUUCUGAGAAACGGCCACUCACCUCAGACAGCAGUUGGACAACGACUUCAGAGAACACCAGCAGCCCAAGUAUCACCCCUUCCUAUACUGACCUUCGGUCCAUAAAUACUGAAGACCUGACCAGUGGAAGAGCAUCUGUAGCAGACUCAACUGACAACUCCUCAUCUCUUCUGGAAGAUGAAGAGCUAGGUAUGGAGGCCACCAGCUGGCAGCCAAAGAGCCCAUCGAUUAAUGGCCACAGUGAAACUCCAACAACAUCUCGUUUCCCCAGAUGGGUGACUUUUGAUGACAAUGAAGUCAGUUGUAUUUCUCCACUAGCUUUAUCCCCUGUGAAACCAGACCCCCCAACACACAUAACAACUCCUCCUCCACCACCACCCACAACAACAACAGCAGCAGCACAGAUCAUCGAUGUAAACUCUAGUACUCUCUCUUCAUCCUUUAAAAAAAGGGAUCGCCCCAAAAGCGCACUGAGUGACCUCUCUAAGGUUCAGAAACUAGACCUUUCCUCAAUAACCAGGCUGCCUUCUGCGAGCGGGACACCCCCUUGGAGUGCUACAAAUCCUUUCCUUGAUGAAUCUCUGAGAGAUGUUCAACCUUCCCCUAUUAAUCCAUUCAGUUCUUUCUUUGAAGAACGAGACAGACGCUCCCAAACCUCCUCUGCCUCUGGUGCCCCUGGGAGAAAGCAGCGAGAUUCUCUCAUUAUUCUCCAUCAGGAGUGUGACAGCAUCAGUUUCUUUGAGGCAAAUAAACAUCUCAGGCACAGAGAUGCAGUAGAGCAACUCAAGCAGCUCCAGAUUGGAGACCCAGAUCAUUUGAGCACUCCUGUCCUACCCGAUGAUGACCCCACCAUGCCAACUGAAUUGGACAGUACCUUCUCCAGUCUGGGACCACAUCAGCGAAAAGAUGGCUGGCUGAUGAUGCUGAGGAUACCAGAAAAAAAGAAUAUAAUGUCCUCUAGACACUGGGGCCCUAUAUAUGUUAAACUGACUGAGAGUGGGAACUUGCAGCUCUUUUACGAGAAGGGACUGGAGAAGCCUUUCAGGGAAUUCAAGCUUGAAAUCAACCAUGAGAUAUCAGAGCCCAAGCUUCAGAACUAUGAUGAGAAUGGAAGGAUACACAGUGUGAGGAUAGACCGCACCACCUACAAGGAGAAAAAGAAGUACCAGCCAAAGCCAGCUGUCUCUCACACAGCAGAGAGGGAACAGGUAAUUAAACUAGGCACCACUAAUUAUGAAGACUUCCUCAGCUUCAUCAAGGCAGUCCAGGAUGCACUGAUGGAUUUGCACGCUUCUUCUACGGACCUGAGCAUGGUGGGGUUAAAUUACCAAGAGGAGGAAAUCACUGUGGACGUAAAAGAUGAGUUCUAUGGCAUCUUGGCCAAAGGGGAUAACAGGAUUUUGCAGCAAAAUGUGUUGACGCAUGUGCAUGUUCUCACUUUCCUUUCUGGCUUGGCAGAAUGCAGGCUGGGCCUCAAUGACAUCCUGGUCAAAGGGAAUGAAAUUGUCUCACGGCAGGACAUCAUACCCACCACCACCACCAAGUGGAUUAAACUGCACAAUUGCCAUUUCCAUUCAUGUGUGGAUGAGGAGGCAUUUGCCACUGGCCGCAUCAUUCUCUUUAAUCCCUUGGAUGCCUGCCGGUUCGAACUGAUGCGUUUUAGUACUGUGUUUUCCGAAAAGACAUUGCCCUUUACUUUGAGGGUGGCAGCUAACAUCAAUGGUGCUGAGGUGGAACUUCAGAGCUGGCUCAUGAUGUCACAAGGGUUCUCCUCCAACAGAGAUCCUUUAACUCAGGUCCCCUGUGAAAAUGUGAUGAUCCGCUACCCAGUGCCUCAGGAAUGGGUGAAAAAUUUCCGCCGGGAUAGUGUUCUCGGGGAAAAAUCCUUGAAAGCAAAGGUGAACAGAAGUGCUAGCUUUGGAUCCACCAGCAUUUCUGGUUCUGAGCCAGUAAUGAGAGUAACACUAGGAACGGCCAAAUACGAACAUGCCUUCAAUUCCAUUGUAUGGAGGAUAAAUCGACUGCCUGAUAAAAACUCUGCUUCAGGUCAUCCUCACUGCUUCUUCUGCCAUCUGGAGCUUGGGUCAGACCGGGAAGUGCCUUCCAGUUUUGUCCACUAUGUGGAUGUGGAGUUUGACAUGCCAACCACCUCAGCUUCCAAAGCCACCGUUCGGUCUAUUUCUGUGGAAGGCAAGACAGAUGUCAGGAAGUGGGUCAACUAUUCAGCACACUACAGUUACAAGGUGGAAAUAGAGAAGAAAAAGAGUUUGAAUCGAGAUAUGAUGGGAGGCGACACUGAUAACCCUGAGGACUGUGCUGUGCAGUGAAGGAGAAGUCUACCUGCAAUUGGAACAAUAAACACACCAGGAAUUGUAGAAGCAGAAAUACAGCAUCUUGCUCCUAUGUUUAGAGGAGCCAUAAAGUCUGGAGGGCCAUACAGUUUCCUUGCCCUCUAUGACCUUAUAUAGAGAGGAACCUCAUCUGAGAUUUGUUUACAACAGCCUGGGAGAGCAUUACGUACAUAGGCUUAUAAUGUGUUCGACCCUGCCUUCGUUCCUAAUUUUGAUUUUCUUGCAGUGAAAUAAUGGCAUUUUGAUAGCUACAGCUUAAAAAAACAUGUAGCCAAUUUUGUCAACAUGUGUUCCUUCUUUGCACUCGACACUUCCUAAAAACUGGGAAUUCAGUCUUCAGAAGAGCUUUUCUAAGUCAUCUAGACAAUGGUGAUGGAGAUGGAGGUAGCGUAGAAUCUCUUUCUUGUUGUAUUUGCAUCCUGCAGGUAAAGGCAGAAACGGCCUUUCCCUCUCAACCCAUGUAAACGUAGAGUGGUUUAGGUUCUGUCUAUGGAGCCAGAGGUUAGGAGUUUGAUUCCCACUGUGCCUCCUUGACAGGGGCUGGACCUGAUGAUACAGAGGGUCUUUUCCAGCUCUGCAGUUCUAAGAUAAUGAUGAUGCAAUCACUGGAAAUUCCAGUAGGUGAAGGGCAAAUAGUUUGACAUUUCUGUCUGCUGUUAUUAAGAAAGAACAUUUAAAUAUUGCACUUCUUCCUUGCGUUUUAGUCACCAGAAGAGUUCCUUUGUUCAUUUAGUCUGAGGCUGGGUCCAGGGUAAUUCUUUAAACUUGAUGCAUUCAUAGCUGCCAGUAGAAGGGCAAGGACUUCUGCCUUGUGAUUCCUGCUUGGGAAAAUACCUGGAAGAAAUAGAAUUAAUUCAGACUUUUGCAUGACCCUUAAGAGCACUGGAUACAAUUGGUUAACCAGUCAGUGUUUAAUUAGCCAGUCAAUGCUUCUUUGACAGACUACAGCUUAUGUAGAUGGGCAUGAUGGAAAGAAGACAUACCACUGAAUUUCUUAGAUGGUGACAGUGCUGCUUUCAUGUUUUGUCCCAGUACUAUAUCUUCAUUUACAAAAUCAGCAGUGUAACAUAUGUAUGAGCUAGCAGUAGCAGGUGUUAUUACUUUAUAAUAUGCAAGCAUAAUAUACUGGCUUUGCUGUCAGGCCUCUUGGAUUUAUGUUUCCAUAAUAUGUUUCACACAGGUGCAGAAAUUAACAUCCAAAGACUCUUGGCUUUGGGGCAUCAGAGUAUUUAAAAUCCAGAGUGUUCUAACUCAUAUGGUCUGAAUACCUGAACAGGAUGUUUAGUGCUCUGAUUACCUUCCUAUAGACGAAAGAAAUGAAGUAUUGUACUUUGCAUAGUAUAUUCAGUCUAUUCAGAAUUUGUCUACAAUUAUUUAUCCUAUCCCAACCAAUCCCUGCUUCAGGUAAGUUAUUAAAGCCAAUCUUCACUUACCUUGGCAUGUUGUGGGAUUUUUCCUAAAUUAAAAAAAAAACACCACUGUGCACUGUGAGAAGGUGGGCAGUGGGAAACGUGGAUGGUAACCAUAGUCCAGACAGGAGAGUUUAAUCACAUUUAUACAUGCAUACUCCCACUGCAUGUUGUAAUUCUUAUGAGAAUUGGCUCACCAAGCUGUUGUUUUAUGUCAGGUAGAUGUCAUUGAUCAUAGUCAAUUCCUGAGGUGAAUAAUGUGUGGAUCAGAACUUCUAAGGGCAGCCAUCUUUUAUGACAACAGUGAUUGUGGGAGGGGUGCUAUGUUAUGACAUAGUCUCAUUUGGACAUUCUGUAGGACAGAAGUACUUGAUGGUUUGCUAGUAGGCUUUCUAUCCAGGAUUUUCGUCUUCUGUAUAUAGAACAAGAAUUGUAGGAAACACUCUGCCACUUUGUUGUAUAGGCUUAUCCCCAUCCGACCCCGUAAAGAUAUUUAGUACCUUUUCAAUGGCAUUAAGAAAAAUGAGGCAGCCUCCUCAGGUAGCAAAUACUGGGUUACAUGAAAGGGUAAGAUUUGGUUGUUAAAUUUGUUAUUAUAUUUUUACUGCAAGGCAUGAGGAGUUGUAUUUAUGGAAUCUUGCCUCACAUGCCAGAUAACUUCACGUGCUUUGAUAUUAUGCAUCUUGGUAUAGGUAAGUGCAGGAGUGCCAUCUUCUGUUCUUCUACAAGGAGUCAUAGUGUCAUGGUCCAUCUGUGUUCAUCACCACCACCACAAAAAUGUCAGAACUCUCCUUGCUUCUAGUGCACCACUUUUACCAUGAAGCUGGAAAGGGGACAUUUUGAUAUUUAAGUUAAAUUUUUUUGCCUGUCUCUAGUAUAACUCACUGAGCCAUUGCACAAAGAAUAUUGCAAACUUUUAUAUCACACCGUCCUUGCAUAGAGUUUGGAAAAGUUGAUGUUUUGGAAAGUCAGACUUGGCCUUGUAGUCCAAAAAGAUAUUUCCCAAGCUCUCCUCUUAACAGAUAAGGUCCAAAUGAGUGCAUGGAAUGCUUCCUUAAGAAAAACUGACAAUAGCUAUCAACCUUGUGGUGAGGAAGCCAGUAAUUGUUCCUCUCGGUGGUUCAGAAAGGGGCAGGAAGUAUCAGUCUUCGUGCUCCUUCUGAACCACUGAGAGGAACAAUCACCAGUUUUGAAGGGACAUUUAUAUGUGCUGCUUGCUCAGAAGGAGGUGUUCCUUCUACAGCAUCUGUUUGAGGACAAAUGGGAAAUACAUUUGCAUGUUGGUUCUGUCUAGAUUGGUAUGAAGCCUUUCCAGUGCAGUAACUUUGCACAGCUGGUGAACAGCCAUCAAGUAUUCCAGUGUUGUCUUAAUAUACAUCGGCAGCCAUGGCUUCAUUUAAAAUCUUGACCCCCUAAAGGUCUUCAGAAUUGAAUGAAUCACAGACUUUACUGUUGUACAGCAGUAUUUGAAAACACUUUGCUGGAUGCCCUGUUGCGUGGACUCGAUAGAUUUAUAAUAUAUUCAGGCCAUGUUUCAGCUGAUCUUAAGAUAUUUUAAUUGGAUGGAGGGGAUGGACAUUUGAGAAAGUUACCUUUUAGUCAUAUGGGCCAGAAAUUCUAUUGUGAAAUACUGCAUUGUAUGAAAGGGCAGUCAUGCAAGCAGGUUGCACAUUUUGCCAGCUACCGGUCAAGUGCCUAGGUGCUCAGCUAGUUGUGCAACCCAGGCAUGAUCAAGCAUGCAAUGGGCAGUUGGCUUGUGCAAUUUAUAGUUAACUGUGUGCUAUACUAACAAGAUUCUGGCCACUUAGCCCAAGUUAUUAGGGUCUCAAAAGUUAAAAAAAAAAAACAGCACUUUUUCAACUGUACCGAAAUGGCUAUUUUCAUACACUAAUGGUUCAGGUUCAAUGUUUUUCAAGCAAACAGCCACAUUCAGGAGAUAUUCUCCUAUAUAAUGCACUGCCGUUCUUAAGAUUUGAAGAGCUCAAGUGUUAGUUAGCAGGAAAAGAUAUAAACAUUAGCAUUGGUAGGCCAAGAAGCAUCUUGUUUUGAAUGAACAGACGACAAGCCUGUACUCUUGACAAAGAGAGUUUUAAAGGAGUAUCAGUGUUGCAGAAGUGUACCACUUUGAUACCAUUUUAACUCUCGUGGCUUCAUUCUAAAGGAUCCUGUGAUGUUUAAUUUGGCAAGACACUGUUAGAGAGCUCUAGUACAUCCCCAUGCACUACAGCACUAAAGCUCUGUCUCACAGAGAAUUCUAAAAGCUGCACCACAGUCCUAGAUUCCUCUAGCAAACUGCAAGCUGGGUAGACUAUGUACACAUUCCUUCUGUGGACUAACCUUCAAGAGUCAUGUUCACGUCCAGUCCAGUGUUCCAUGGAGUUACAGGCUGUUAAAUAGGAUGUUUUUUUCCCCUACUUGCAGACAAAAGCAUUGAAUGAUUUUGCUAGCUGGGCAGGAAUGGGUGGAAUCCUCAAUCUGUUGUGGGAAUAACUCUUUGUCUUUAUGCUCUUUCUCUUAAAGCAGCCUUAAAGGCCUUGUCAUGAUAAAUAAAAAGGGCUUCUGUUGCUUCCUGCCUGUUUUUCACUGCCUCCAUAAAAAGAAAUAUUUCAUAUUCUGUUGCACUACUGUGACUGAGUGUUUUUUUUACCUAUUUUGUAACAGGUUUCUAUCUUUUGAUGUUGUACUAUGAAAGAGUCUGUACACUGGCUGAUUCUUUAUAUAUUUUAUUGUGAACCCCUCCCCGGCUGCUGGCAAAUUCUCAGAGAUAUGCCAUUUUGCAUUUAAUUAUGGGAGGAACUUUGAAUAAAUGCAGAUGAAAUCCUACAUUCACAGAA